UAUAUAAACCACAUUUCAACACGUUCAUUUAAAUCAAAUCAAAAUUCCUUUACGAAUUUAGUCACUAAAUUAGACUUAAUGUUUUUAUCAUUAUGGCUUCAAACGGUGUAACUUCCAGAAUCAUGCAGUUUAUUGAUCCAGAUGAGCGACAUCGUGUCGGAAUACAGACUCCUUUCCAGCGUCUUGCUCAGCAAAUGCAAGAUAUUUUAGGAGAUGGAGGUAUUCUGAAGGAAGUAGUGCAAGCAGGAGAUGGUCCACCUAUACCAAGAGACGCUUCAGUCUCCAUUCAUUUUUCUGGAUUCCUGGAGUAUUCAGAUCGGCCGUUCGAGUCAACAAGGCACCUUAAAUUUCCCCGAAUGAUGAAGCUGGGUAAAGAAAUGGCUCUGUACGGUCUGGAGCUGGGCAUGCUGACCAUGAGAAAGGGCGAGUUCUCUCGUUUUCUCUUCCAACCCAGAUACGCCUACGGAGAAAUGGGCUGCCCGCCUCUUAUCCCGCCGAUGGCCUCCGUGCUUUUCGAGGUGCAGGUGCUCGACUUCUUCGACUCCGCCCAAGUCGAUGAAUUCUUCUCCUUGACACUGGAGGAGCAGAAUUUGGCCCCGCUCUCCACGCUUCUGAAUGUCGUCGAAACAGAGCGAAGCUUCGGCAACCGCUGUUUCAACCAGAGCCGAUACGAAGACGCUAGAGACCGUUACAAACAGGCCAUGACGCUCCUGAGGAACCGCGAGGCCGUGGACGGGGACGAGAAGAAGGCCGUGGAGGAAGCCAGGCUGCCCUUCCUUCUCAACCUCUCCCUGACCUACCUGCGUCUGGAAAAACCCCACAAAGCCCUGCAGUACAGCCAGAGGGUGUUACAGAUCAGCCCCGAGAACACCAAAGCCCUGUUCCGCUGUGGGCAGGCCUACCUGCAAAUGUUCGACUACGAGAAAGCACACGACUACCUCACGAUGGCUCAAGCCAAGAAGCCGUUCGACGCCGACAUCAACAGUCUGUUACAGAAGCUGGCAGUUUGUUACAAGGACUACCUGGAUAAAGAGAAGCACAUGUACGCCAGGAUGUUUUCCCCUGCACGGGAGGAGAAGUGAAAUACAACACAACUCAGAACAGCCGACGGGAGGCAAAGAAAAGUGAAGACUAAAGGACACAGGGGUUCAAAUAAGUUUUGUUAUAAAGUAAAAGUUUAAUCAAUGAAUAGUCUGUAUACACUAUAGGACAAAAGAAUUGGGACACCUGUACUAAGUACUGACUUUAGAUAUUUCGAACACACCAAUAUGAAAAGAAUUCUGUGAAAUACGUUAUAUGCCUCUAAAUAUGUGGCAACCGUUUGGGAAAGGUCGUUUCCCUUGUCUCCAGUUUGGUGUGGAGAAACGUUGAACAAGUGGAACAUUGAACGAGCGGCCUUGCUUGCAUCGCAACAUGUGUACCUGACCUCACAGAAUAGGCAUAUAUUCCCACAGGCACACUUCCAAAUCUUGUGGAAAGGCUGUCAUUGUAAUUAAAAAAAGUGUUGUGGUUUUGGAAUGGGGUUUAAACAAGCUCAUUGUAUGGUGUCUGGAUACUGUUGGCCAUAUAGUGUACAAAAGUUCAUUUACUUUAAAAAUUUUUUGUUGUACAAACGUGUUUUUUUUUCUUUGUUUGUGUUUUUGCAUCGUAUUGAUGUGUAUGAAGUUUCCAGCAUUACAAAGAAGCUGUGUGUUACAUGUUUUUUUGUGUUCAUUAUAAUAAUUUUGUGUAUUUAAAUAAAAGUUGAAAUUUGUUCAGC